AUGAAUUUCUCAGCCUUCAAAAGCAUGCAUACCGAUAGACUCCUUCAACUAGGCCUUCGUGUCACCCAAUGUGUUUCUGCCAUCAUUAUCCUUUCUCUUUGUUCAUUCAUUGAUCAAUGGACCCUUAAAAGCCCAUCAUAUGGUAGACACGCCGCCUCGCCUAUCGGAUUUCUUAUCUUCACUUCCGUCUUCUCUCUUAUUUCAGGUGCCUAUUUACAGUUCGCGCCAAGUGUCUUGCCGCGUAACCUUCAGCGAUAUGCGCCCUUGCUACUCAUCUCCCUCAACGCACUCUUUUAUAUUUGUGGCUUCAUCGCAUUGGCAGUCUACCUCUCCAAUCUAAGUUACUGCCGGGGUGCAGUGUGUGAUUCCGCCAAGGCCUCUUGCUUCUUUGCUGCAUUUUCAUAUCUAGCAUGGAUUGCCGAAGCAGUAUUAGUCGGAUUAGCUAUUAUUAGAAGCCAGAGGGGUGUGCCAUUGCCUCUAAAGGACGACUAUGAAGACCAAGAUGAACGUGAAGAGCCUGUGGAAAAUUUCAAGAGAAAAGACAUUGGAUCUGGCGAGAAACUCAGCGACGUAAAGCUAUGA